CUGCCGCGGCCCCUCCGCAGCGGCUGGCUGCGGGCUGCCCCUGCCCCGCUCCCGGGGCGGGCGGGGACGGCGAGGAGCCGAGCCGAGGAGAGGCAGGGAGCGGCCCGCCGCCCCCGGGGAGGCUCCGCUCCGCGCCGCUCCGCUUCGGGGAGCAGGGGGGAGGCGGCUGGCACAGGCGCCCGGCUCCGCCGCCCGCCCCCCGGCACCGCCGCCGUCUGCUCAGCGCCGGCAGCCCCGGGAGAUGGUGACACAUGAAGCGUGCGGGGAGGACCAUGGUUGAGAGGACCAGCAAGUUCUUGCUGAUCGUGGCCGUCUCGGUGUGCUUCAUGCUCAUCCUGUACCAGUACGUGGGGCCGGGGCUGAGCCUGGGUUCCCCCAGCGGCCGCUCCUACUCGGAGGAGCCGGACCUCUUCCCCACGCCGGACCCGCACUACGUGAAGAAGUACUACUUCCCCGUGCGGGAGCUGGAGCGGGAGCUCGCCUUCGACAUGAAGGGCGAGGACGUGAUCGUCUUCCUGCACAUCCAGAAGACGGGCGGCACCACCUUCGGCCGCCACCUGGUGCAGAACGUGCGCCUGGAGGUGCCCUGCGACUGCCGGCCCGGCCAGAAGAAGUGCACCUGCUACCGCCCCAACCGCCGGGAGACCUGGCUCUUCUCCCGCUUCUCCACGGGCUGGAGCUGCGGGCUGCACGCCGACUGGACCGAGCUCACCAACUGCGUGCCCGGCGUGCUGGACCGCCGCGAGAGCGCCGCCGCCAAGACGCCCAGGCCCCUUGAGAAGGAAGGUGUCUAUAUAGAAGAGGUGAGCUUUGCAUCUUGCAGGAUGGAGGAGACCAAAAACAGAUACGGCAUACGGAGAGAGAGAAAGACAUCUCUCAGAAAAUUUUAUUACAUCACACUGCUGAGAGACCCUGUAUCUCGUUACCUCAGCGAAUGGCGUCAUGUCCAACGAGGAGCUACUUGGAAGACCUCCUUGCACAUGUGUGAUGGCAGGACACCAACUCCUGAAGAGCUGCCAUCGUGCUAUGAAGGCACAGACUGGUCAGGCUGCACACUGCAGGAGUUCAUGGAUUGCCCGUAUAAUUUGGCCAACAACCGCCAGGUGAGGAUGUUGGCUGACUUGAGCUUAGUGGGCUGCUACAACAUGUCUUUCAUCCCAGAGAACAAGCGAGCACAGAUCCUGCUGGACAGUGCAAAAAAGAACCUCAAAGACAUGGCCUUCUUUGGCCUGACAGAGUUCCAGAGAAAGACUCAGUACCUGUUUGAGAGAACUUUUAAUCUGAAAUUCAUCCGGCCCUUUAUGCAGUACAACAGCACCAGGGCAGGAGGGGUGGAGGUGGAUAAUGACACCAUCCGGAGGAUUGAGGAGCUCAAUGACCUGGACAUGCAGCUCUAUGACUAUGCAAAGGACCUCUUCCAGCAGCGCUACCAGUACAAACGGCAGCUAGAGAGGAUGGAGCAGAGGAUAAAGAAUCGGGAAGAGAGGCUUCUUCACCGGUCCAAUGAAGCACUUCCCAAGGAAGAGACCGAAGAGCAAGGACGCUUGCCCACUGAGGACUACAUGAGCCAUAUUAUAGAAAAGUGGUAGCCUAGGCAGACUUUUAUAUUAAUGAUACUCUAGGGUUUCCAUAUAAAAGAUCAUGGAAGUAAAAUUACAAAACAACAGAAAAAAUAUUUUAUUUAAAAGCAAGUCUGUAAAACAGAAGAUAGAUUGCUUCCUUAAACAUAGGGUCUUUUUACUGUUUCUUACGAGACCAGUGAGAUUCUUAAAAAAAUAAAUAAAUACAUAAAAAUAAAAAAACGGUCAACAUUAUAAUACAGAGGUGAAAAAUGCACAAAUGCGGUUACCCACUCUUAAGGCCAAAUACAAAAGAAUGUUUCUUAUCCUCAGAAUUCAAACACAAAUGUCAGAUGUAGGAUUUUUUAAAUCUGUUUGUCUCCUGAACGUAAUGAUAUGAAGAUACAUAAUUAAAAAACAAGGAAAUUGA